AUCCGCGUCGGUUGAUGUUUUAUUCCGAUUUAAACGCAUAUUAUGCGUUUGCUCGUAGCGUCGCACACUCGAUGGUACCUGCCGGCUACGUGUCGAGCGUUUGUACAUGAUAUUAUAACGUAACAAUUAUUUGAAGGUUGUGUAAAUAAGAGAUUUUGAGGAAAACAAAAUAUUUAUAAAAAUAAAAACCUAAUCGAAAUAUGUACCUACCUACAUGGUAAUAAUGAUAUAAUAUAUCCGGAUUGCGUAUGAAUUAAAUCCCGUGCGAUGGACAAGUUAGGAGUCGAAGAAGUUGCCAUUAACUUAGAACUAAUGAAACGAUCCCGGUUCUAUCACAUAUUAAAUCCGAACGGUACAAAGAUUUUCAACUGUAAUGCUUACCGGCUAUUUCUGUUUCUUUACGGAUCAAUUGUGAACUGCAUUGUCGUUUUCAGCACGUUGGGUUUUUUUGUCGAAAUGGACGAUACUUUGAGUUUUACAGAUUUAUUUGUAGCCAUAUUUGUUUUGAUAAAUUUUUUUUUAUGCUAUUGGAGGAUUUGCGUUUUUAUGUACAACGUAAACGCGAUUCACGAAGUGCUCAGUGUUUCACGGUUUGAUUUAUUGAAGAGCAAACAUUGUUGUAAACAUGUAAACGUACUUAACGACUAUCGCGAUAGAACGAUUAAAAUCACCAAUUACUUUUUCUUAUUCUCGUCGACAGUGAUGUCGCAAUGGUUUAUAUAUCCUCUCGUGGUCAUCGCGUUCACAAGGCCCGAAGACGAAAAUGGCCGCUUCCAGAACAUCAUGAACUUGCGUUAUCCUGUAUCUACGUACACUUACAAUCAUUAUUAUUUCAUAUUUUAUUUAAUGGAAGUGGUGGUAGCAAUAUUUACCAUGUACGCUAUGAUCAUUCCAGACAUACUUUUAAUGUGUGUGUGUUGGGCUAUAAUCGCUCAACAGAAAGUCCUCACUCGGGCGUUCAAAAACAUUGGACACGAAGACAACUCCCAAAUGGUAUAUUAUGAAGAUUUCAAAUUAAUUCUACUUGAUCAACUGCAACUUAAUCUGAAAAUAAAAUUAUUUUAUUCAGUUGUGCGGCCUAUUAUUUUAACAUACGUUGCUAUUAUAUCCACAUGUUUCAUAAUCGUGACGUAUGUAUUACUUUUGGUUUGCAUGUCAAAGGAAUCACAUCCAGUUCUUACCAUUAUCAAGCUCGGGUCAUCAGCACUCUACAUGGUCUUACAUUUAUAUUUAUAUUGUUAUUUAUUUGACAGUAUGAAUAUUAAAAGGCAAUCCGUUAACACUGGCAUAUAUUCUUGUGAUUGGACGAAAAUGGAUAUACAAUUUAAAAAGUUACUAUUAUUAACGAUGCAAAUGAAUAAUGCCAAUAAUUUAGAGAUAAAAGCUUCACCGAAAAAAAUCGUCAACUUACAAUUAUUUGCUAAUAUCAUAACGAUGUCUUACAAUAUUGUUUCUGUCAUGCUGGAAACCACGAGUUAAAAAAAUCAAAUUUCGGAAUAGAUAUAUUAAAGUUUAAACUAUUAAUAAGACAAUAGGUUAUAGGGCUACUGUAGCUUGUAGGGAUAAUAUAAGAUCUUUACCAUUCAACGCAAACGUAAUAGUUUAUUGUAUAUUAUAGAUUAUUUAUAAGAAAUUUUACUCAAAUGCAAUUUGUUAUAUUUACUAUCAACAAAUAACAAUUAUUAGAAUCACCAAUUUUUUUUUAUAAAUAAUAAUAUUUCAAAGUAUUAUCACCCUAUUUGUAUGUUUAAAUUGUAUGAUUGAAUGAUACGAACACAAUUUUUUUUACAUACAUUUUUGCUGGCCGUGGCCACUAAAACAUCGUAGGUCGUGAGACGCUUUUUUGUUACGCUUAUAUCGUUAAUAUGGUGUAUUCGUUGCUAUGUGGUGGUCAGAAUGUCAGAUCAUCCCCUAUGUCCUAUUUUUUUUUUAAAAUCAAAUUUUUAUGAAAUUAUGAGUUUUGCAAUUUGCUUGAAAAUAUAAUACUGCAUU